CUCAAUCUACUCACUACAUAUUACUUUUACCUACAUACACAGCAUUUUCUUCCCUCGUCAUCAUUCAAACCAAAACAUCUAUUCUCCCUCCGCGUAUCAUCACUUCUAUCCCGUCAUUUUCUUUCAUUUUCUUUAUUUUCAUGCGGACUCGGCCACCUCUAAGUCUCAGCUUAUGGUAGUGAAUUAGUUGCGCCUCUAACCUUACGACGAUACAGCCUGCAGCCAAUCGUGACUACGACGUCUCCAUCGAGAGUCACCCAUUGACACUGUUUGUUGUUUGUUAGGGACGCCGUUGAACAUCGAACCUACCUCCUCCUGUCCUGAUGCCGCGCGAUUAUUCCCUUCUUUGAUUGCGUAGAUUUCUACACGUCUACUUUUUUAAUAACUAUCUUUGGUAUCCAACUGUUGGUAUCUUACUCAACAUCAUCAUGGCCAAUCCGCGCUGGGGCAUCACGGCACCGAUCUCGACUGCGCUGCCGACGCCUGUCGAAACACAAUCGACACAUUUGCUUCUAGAAGAACUUAGACGCCAGAACACAUUUGAAUCUGCAGCUGAGACUAAGAAGAGAGAGCGAGUGCUUGCCGAUAUUCAACGCAUCGCCGACGAAUUUGUGAGACGGGUAGCCCGGGAAAAGGAACCUCAAAAUGAGGUUCUUGUUCGAGAUGCUCGUGGCGAAGUCUUCACCUAUGGAAGCUACUGUCUAGGCGUCUAUGGCCCUGGUUCCGAUAUUGAUACUCUUGUCACAGCCCCUCGAUACGUAACUCGCGAUGACUACUUCAAAUACUUCCCCUCUUUACUAGAAGAAAUGGCCCCUAAGGGCGCUGUCACAGAUCUCACGGCCGUCGAGGACGCUUUUGUGCCUAUCAUCAAAUUCGAGUACUGGGGUAUCAGCAUUGAUUUGAUUUUUUCGAGGAUAGCUACUCUGAAGCAGUUCCCACCUCAUGGACAACUCAACUUGACUAACAAUGAAUACCUGCGCGGCUUGGAUGAUCGCGAACUUCGUUCUCUAAACGGCACAAGGGUCACCAAAGAGAUUCUCAACCUCGUCCCCGAGCAAAGUACUUUUCGCCUUGCCCUUCGAGCUAUUAAACUAUGGGCUCAGCGCCGAGCAAUAUAUGCCAACAUCAUCGGCUUCCCAGGCGGUGUGGUAUGGGCUAUGAUGGUAGCACGAGUUUGUCAACUAUAUCCCAAAGCUACAAGCGCUACCAUUGUCACCAAGUUCUUUCAGAUUAUGAAGGCCUGGCAAUGGCCCAUUCCUGUGCAACUGAAGUCUAUGGACGAAGGUCCACUCAAUGUUCGAGUCUGGAAUCCCAAGGUAUACAAGAGUGAUAGCUACCAUCUGAUGCCUGUCAUCACACCUGCUUACCCGCAGAUGUGUGCAACAUUCAACAUUACUCACUCAACAAUGUCCAUUAUACAGCGCGAGCUUGAGCGCGGCUUUGAACUGACGGACAAGAUAAGGGCUGGAAAGCUCGUCUGGAAGGAUCUGUUUGUUAAACAUACGUUCUUCACUACUGACCACAAGUAUUACCUGGCGGUCAUUUCGACAAGCACCACGAAGGAAGCUCAUAAGAUAUGGUCUGGGUUUAUUGAAUCCAAGGUCCGAGUACUAGUGGGUGACCUAGAACGACUCCCCUCGAUCGCCAUUGCGCGCCCCUUCAACAAGGGAUACGAAAGGAUGCAUAGGAUCAAGAACGAUGAAGAAUGCCAAGAGGUGCAGAACGGAAGCCUGGCCCAUCUUAUUCAAGGUGAUGAAGAUGAAGAUGACUUUGCAGUAAAGACGGAUGACGGAGUCGAAGUGAAGACUGAGGUCAAGACAGAAGCGAGUUCCGGUACGAACGUAGAUAACGACGAAUCAACGAGCUUCGACAUCAAGUCCGACCCUGAGAACCCAAAGGUAGAAAUCGACAAUAUCCCUGAUGUGCCCUCUAACGGGACCAAAGUAUACACCACGACGCAUUAUGUAGGCCUCGAGCUUGCCGAAGGUGCCAAAUCAUUAGACUUGUCGUACCAAGUCAAUAUGUUCAAGGCUAUGUGUAGUCAGUGGGAAAAGUAUGACGCAAACCUGAACUACUUGAGCAUCCAGCACGUGAAGAACACGAAUCUUCCGGACGAUGUUUUCGAACCGGGCGAAGUGAAGCCUAUGCGGCCCUUAAGAAAGGUGGCUGCGAACGGCAACACUACCGCUGCCCUCGGUCCCAAGAAGCGUAAUGCUUCGUCCGAAGGCAACCCUCCGCCGGCGAAGCGACCACAGCCCUCGCUGCAGCAGGCAUCAGCCGCUGCAGCAGGAUGAGCGCUGGGCGACACAGUCGUCUUUUGACCAUGUCAUAUCAACGAAUCUCGCCCUCAUUUGCUUGGAUGUCAACUGAUCUGCCACAGUUGAUGCCAGCUUGUAUUGAUACUAACCUAAUAGUGACCAGCAAUAACGACCGGUUUCGCAAUAUUAUGUGAAUGCCCUCGCGCUCUUCAAAUUCUCUAAUACUGGGACAGCAUUCCCAUAUUAAUAGGCAUAUUAGCCCACUCAUGAGUAACCCAGAGAUUUGAGAUCAGAGCUCAAGGAAGAUCCGGUCAGUAGUCGCGAAUUUGAUUCACAAAGCAGCCACAUAAAGCUCAUCCCCUCCCACAUAUGCUUUGCAACCAGUACAGCCCACAGGCCUUGCUGCUAGCAUGGCCUUUUUAACGACGAAAAGAGAUAAACUGGUGAUGUGAAGGGGAAGAUUAGAUGUCCCAUCCCGUUCCAUUCAUCAUGAUACCUAUAUUUAUUAUCCCCUUCCCUUCCCUUUCUUAUGUUUCCCUCGGGCUUUUCAUCAAGUAGGGAAGAAAAGCAACAUUCUUAGCAUGACAUCGACCUGGUAUUAAUGGCAUUAAUGGCAAUUCAAGAACUGAUUCGGAUGGAGGGGAGAUGCUGCAUGCUUUCGCCGUUUGUGUAUCUAGAGUCUACGUUUGCAGAUAAAUAAAACUUGGUUUUAGGGGCAUAAGUGCCCCAAAACAAACAAACAAA